AUGUCUCAUCCGAGCACAUUACAGCUUGUUCGCCAACAAAGCAUCGAUCAUCAGCUCAUUUACAUGAUCUUCCACCGACUAGUCAAUGAAGGCGAUGUCGCCCAGGCGCUCGAUGAACCGAAGACAACGCUCGACCAUUUCUUCAAAUUAGGCAUAUCCUAUUGCUUUUCUCUUCGUGAAGAUGAUCUAAGCAGUGUGAUCAAUCUCACUCCACCGCCCUAUCACCUGGCAUUGUUACAGAACAUGUUCUGUGCGGCGCUCGUUCUGGGGAAUGCAUCCGUUUUGAAGGUUGUUCUGAACAUUGACCGAGUGGGUCUUCCACAUCGACCUCUCCCCCUAGCAGGUCCCCAUAUAUAUCCAUUGGAGUUUGCGGUCCACAAAGGACACCUUCAGGCGACGCAAACUCUUCUAGAUCAUGGCGUCGACCCUAACCGAGAUAAGAUCCCAUUUCUCCUGCACAGUAUUGGCACAUGGCAUCCAAUAAAACAGCAGGAUUCUGCAGCAACGGUCGGGAUCAUGCGUCUGUUGAUUAACAAUGGUGUGGAACUCGAUCCUGGGUUUGCUGCGGGCCGCAUGUAUCAUUGCGACAAGAGUGAACUGUUGUUACUAGUCGAUCAAUGCUUGGACAAGAGCUUCAAGACAUUCUUCCAGCAGGGCGGUUUGCCUACAUUCCUGGCUCGAAACGACUGGGACGAUUCAUUCUCUACGGCACUAGAAUCCAUACUAGAUCGAGCAUUCUCAGACGGGAUCGAUCAACAAUAUGUUUGGAAUUCAGUAUUAUCGCAAUCACUGUCUUGGGCAGUACUACGCAGCCAUACGUCGGCAGUCUGUAUUCUACUCACCAGACAGGUACAACCCGAUGUCAGGUGCUUGGUCAGUGCUGUUCAAAGUCAGAAUUUAGGAAUUUUCGAAGACUUCCUAAAUCAUGGUCUGGACCCGAAUGCUAGAGUGCCGCCACACCAAAACGGGAAUUUUCAUGAAGGGCUCCAUCAGGACCUGUCUGGUACUGCUUUGAGCGAAUCGAUCAAGGACCCUUCUAGAGGAGCAUUCAGAAUUCUUAAAGCGCAAGGAUUUAUACCAAAACUGGUUCAGCAACCGGCUGGCUUUGCACCUUCUCUUAUAGCAGCAUGUGAAGUUGGCGACAGCCUCCUUGUCGAAGAGCUUCUGGCAUUACAGAUUUGUCUGAGGAGGCAGGCAAACAUACAGAACGCUCUUUUAGCUGCCAUUAGAGGAAAUCACCAUGAUAUCACCAGAAAGCUUCUCUCUGCAGGCAUCAAACCGACAACGUCGUCUAUCAUCCUCGCGAUCCAAAACAGGCAACUAGCCGUUGUCAUGCAGCUCAUCAGAUAUUUAGACCUACGGGAAGUACCCUUAGCAAAGGCUUUUGCUGACCAAGUCAUCAUUCUUGAAGCUUUGCGAUGGGGCGAUCAAACAGUUAUCCAAUAUGUACUUCGGGCAGGGCAUCCUGUCAACAUUUAUGGUACAAUACUGACGAGAAAGCUCGAGGACUGGAGCAUACCGCCAAAGCUACGGCCUAUACGCUUUAAAAGUUGGAUUGUUACACCUCUGAGCACUGCCAUCCUGAAGGGAAAUCCAACAGCAGUGGAAGCUUUGUUAGCUCGUGGCGCGGAUUACUGUCCUGUCUCCCACACCAGUAACGGGCAUGACCUAACGCCGCUGGCCGCUGGCGCGGUCAGAAACAACCUUCCUUUGCUCAAAGAACUAUUGCGCAUAGGAGCAGAUCCUUUCGAUAACUGUGCCCUUUUUGUAUCUGCUGUGCUAGAACGGGAAGAUGUUAUCACGUUGCUGGUUUCUGCUUUCAGAACCCGAUACCCGGACGGAGCACGAGAUUUUGGCUCGGACGCACUCUUCCAUAUCAUAAGGCACGGUAAUAUACGGCUGCUUUUGCUUCUUGCUAGAGAUGCCGAUCUGACUGGGCGCAUCGCAUUAAAUCAGGAAUUUAACCUGGAUACUCUGCCACCACUUGUGUAUCAAGCUCGGCCUCUACCUCGGCCUCGAUUAGUGUAUCCAGAUUCGUAUCCACCUCCACCUUCACGUCCUGCUCUUAGUGCCCUCAAUGAGUUUACAAGUCCACUCGGCGAAGUAAUACGUUUCCACUCUGCAAGCGGUAGUACUGAUGAAGUGCUUGACCUUAUCUUACCUUUGGUCACGGACAUCAACGCUGUUAUCCAUGGAAUUCUCAAUCAUGGUAGCAUGACUUGUCUACUUUACGCUAUCGCCCUGGAUUCAUUGAAGACUGUUCGGAAACUGUUUCAAAACGGUGCGAAUAUAACACUACCAGCCGAAUGGGGAAUUCCGCGAACGCCAUUGCAGGCAGCAGCUCAAGUUGGGAGCAUGGAUAUUGUAAAGUAUCUCCUAGGCAAAGGUGUCUGUUCAAACGAGCCUCCGGCACCUCAAGCAGGUGCGACAGCACUCCAAUUAGCAGCGAUCGCAGGAAACGUUGGUAUCACAACGAUUCUGCUGGAUGCGGGCGCCGAAAUCAACGCGAAACCAGCUCCUUUCGACGGAAGGACUGCAUUUGAAGGCGCCGCAGAACAUGGACGGAUCGAGAUGAUGCUCUUCCUCGUACAUCAUGGCGCAGAUCUCCUUGCAAACGGCAACGAACAGUACCGACGUGCUGUUGAGUUCGCGGAAGACAAUUUGCAGUAUGCUGCGAAAGAGCUGGCAGAUGAGUUAUUUUCGAAGGCUAUGGCAAACCGCGAAACAAGCUUCAUUGAUCCAGGUACAAAUGGGUGGACUGGAUUCGCCAUGACCGACUUCGAGAGUUUCUUCCCCCAUGCGGAAGGGGCUUGA